GGUCAACCAUUGGAACCAUCCAAAGCUAGAUUACUCAUCACUUCAACAGGAUAUGUCAUGUUGUUAUGUGAAGCGAAUUUAGCAAUGUCAUGCUCGGUUGAUUGCAUCCCCGGUAGACCAGCGAAACCAUCCUUCUAGUUUGACCAAGAAGGGAGAGACACGAGGAAGAAGCGCCAGAGCAUUUUGGAAAAUUGUGUUGCAACUGAAGUGAUUUCAACGGAAGGAGUCACCAAGCAAGUUCUAGCAAAAUUUUAUUCAAUCCCAGAAGACUAUUUGGAUCUUCAGUUCCCCUUCUGGUGUUCAGUAUCUGCAACAAUUCUCUGCAAUGGCCAACAAGAAGAGCAACAGAGGAGAGCUGUUGUUGUCUCUCUUUGCUCUAUUCUUUGGCUCAUCUCCUGGGGCAAUUGACACCAUCAGAUUCAAAGACUUGUUGACUAGCAAUGACACUCUAGUUUCCAGAGCUGGGGUCUUUGAGCUCGGCUUCUUCAAUGACAUCGCUUCCAGAAUUUACUAACUGGGAAUCUGGUUCAAGGCCGAUCCAAACAGAAGAGCCGUGUGGGUCAACCGCGAGAAUCCCAUGAUUGACUCUUCGUGUACUCUUCAAGUAAGGUAUGACGGUAACUUAGUACUGAUAGACAGGCGACAAACUCCAAUCAUAGUCAAUUCAGGAAUGCUCGCAACGAAUGUGAGCACUUCUGCGACACUUCUUGAUUCUGGGAAUUUUGUUCUUGAACAAGGCGAUGCUGUCAUCUGGCAAAGUUUUGAUUAUCCAACCGAUACUUACUUGCCUGGCAUGAAAGUCGGGUGGUUCCAUCUCAAUACGGAUCAAUCCAGGAUACAAGUCCUCGUUUCAUGGAUGAGUCCACAAAAUCCAUCUCGAGGCUCGUUCACUUUAGCAGUCGACUAUAAUGGGUCAACUGGGAUUGGUGUUUGGCGCCAAGAUAAUGUACACAUGGAUAUUGGGUUCUGGGACAGAGGGAGUUUCAGAUUCAUUUUCGCAAACACAUCAGAUAGAUACAAUUUCAGCUAUGUUUCAAAUGAAAAUGAGACUUACUUCACUUUCAAUGGGAAAGGCGCAUAUGCAUCCACAUGGUUUGUGAUGGCUUCGACAGGGGAACUCGAGGAGCAUAGCAUGGUAGAUGUCAAUGGUAAUAUUUCGUUUUCCUCAGUGAGCCAUCAGCUGUGCGGAGAUUCACAAAGAGGUAAUUCCGGUACAUGUUUGACCUCGAUUCCAUCUACUUGCAAGGAGGGCAAUGGCUUCUCACAGGUCAAUGGCACGAUGCCAAAUUCAGCACUUGUUAGUACAGUGCUCAUGGGGUUCGAUGAGUGUGAGGUCUUGUGCCGGGGUAACUGUUCUUGCGCGGCAUUCAUGUUUCAUCGGGACAAUCAAGCCAUGUGCCAACUUUAUUAUGGGGACAAGAAGGACUUACUGAGGUCCAGAGAAGGAGGAAGCAGGACAUUCUACAUGCGAGGCAACACUUCUGCUGAGAACGGUGGUAAGAGGAAGAAAUUGCGGUUGAUUGUCGCUGGUGCUCUGGCUUCCCUAUUGGUUCUUAGCUUGGUAAUCUUAUCUUACUUGCAAUGGACUAGGCGCAAGAAGAAAGGAAAUAAAGUGAGGAAUGGAGAACAAACGGCAUUUCUCCGAAUAGGGGUUGGAGCACCUGCUAAAGUUCUCACAAGAGCAAAGAAGGCGGAAAUAAGCCAGCAGAAAGGCCAGGAAUUAGCACUGUUCACUUUUUCCAGCAUAGAAGUCGCAACAGACUACUUUGUGCCGAGAAAUAAACUUGGCGAAGGUGGUUUUGGCCCUGUUUACAAGGGUCAACUUCCUGAGGGUCUGGAAAUUGCGGUGAAGAGACUUUCGAAGAUGUCCCGGCAAGGGUUGGAGGAGUUCAAGAACGAGGUCAGUCUAAUAUCUAAGCUGCAACACCGGAACCUGGUGCGGCUUCUAGGAUGCUGCAUUGAAGGAGAAGAGAGCAUUCUGAUAUACGAGUACAUGCCCAACAAAAGCUUGGAUUCAUUCAUUUUCGAUCCUGCGAAAAGAGCGCUUUUGGAUUGGAGGAAACGCAUCGACAUAAUCGAAGGCAUUGCAGGGAUCCUAUAUCUCCACAAGUACUCCAGGCUUCGAAUCAUCCACCGCAACUUGAAGACCAGCAACAUACUGCUAGACAGCAAUAUGAACCCAAAGAUAUCCGAUUUUGGCAUGGCGAGAAUCUUCGGAGAGAAUGAAACUCAGGUGAAAACGAUUAGAGUUGUCGGGACACGUGGAUACAUGUCCCCUGAAUAUGCAAUGGACGGUCUAUUCUCGGAGAUGUCGGACGUGUUCGCAUUCGGGGUCAUUUUGCUGGAGAUAGUGAGCGGCGAGAAGAACAUCGCCUUCUUUGGGCGCGAUCAUUGGUUGAACCUGCCGGGAAAGGCUUGGGAUCUAUGGAAAGCAGGAAAGUGCAAGGAAUUCGUGGACCAGACGCUGGCCACUUCUUGCUCGGAAAGUUCGGCGGAACGGCUCGUCCAGUUGGGCCUACUGUGCGUGCAAGAAAGGCCGAUGUACCGACCCACGAUGUCGGACGUGGUCUCUGUACUCAACAACGAGGCAAUGCCUCUGCCUCUCCCGAGAGAACCGGCGUUCUUAACCAGCAAGACGGACUCGGCAUCGAGCUCAAGAAGGCACAGGCACAGGCAUUUUUCUGGAUGUGAGAUCACAGUUUCAGAGAUCUCUCCCAGGUAAAAGGGUAAAGGCAAAGGAUUAGCCAUCAUGACCCAAUAGCAACAGCUGGCAAAGCCAACCAGAGCUGAACUCUUGCUUCAUGUGUGAAUUUAGUCCUUCUGUGCACAGAAGGAAGAAGAACAUGGCAGGUUUCAUAUGGAUGUACACAAUUUCAUAAACAUUCGAUUUAAGUUAACACA